AUGAGCGGGCCAAAGUCCUCGUCGACCCCGUCCAGCCCCCGCUCCGCGUCCCGGAUCGCGGCCCGGACGCGCUCCAGCCCCUGCCGCCUCGGAUCUACGCCAACACCCCCACCACCACCACCACCCCCACCACCACCACCACCCCCACCACCACUGCCAGGAUCGGGCCGCAGCGACGACGACUGCGGCGAGGGCCCCGUGUUGCAGCGCGCCACGGCGAGCAGGUCCCAGGUCAGGCGGUCGCGCUGGCCCUGCAGCUGGCGCAGCUGGGCCUCGCGGGACCGCCGCUCGCACAGCAGCGAGCCGAGCCGGCCGAGGAUAUGGUCUAGCGCGUCGGCGUCGGCCUGCAGCCAGGAGGGUGUGCCGGCAUCGGUGGGUAUGGUGUCCGAUCCCCGGAGGGUUGGCGCGGCAGACGGCGGGCGGGCGGACGGGUCGCUGGGGUUGUGAUAGUGACGCAUUUAAGUCCUUUUGGUGAGAAAUUGGACGCGGAACAGUGAUGCUUUUAUAGAUAGCAAGCAGAAUGUUGGGGACGAAUUGUUUAUAUACAGUUUAAAGACUUGUUCGAUUUGGUCAGAGUGACAGUUUACAGGCCAUGGACGUGAUAGCAAAGGGCCAGUCAUAAUUCCG